AUGGCCAAAUCAACACCUGUCAAAAAGAGAGGAGGUUCCAAGUCUACGACUCCAGUGUCUACGCCUCCUGUGAAGACCAAAAAAGAGAGUAGAAGCGGUACACCAGCUUCUACAGCAGGCUCCACUCCCGUCUCUACUCCCUCCAAGAAGAAGAAGAGAGCUAAGAAGCCAGCAACCUCCGUAAAAGUGCAGGAGGCUGCGAAGCCCAAAGAGCCAGAGACUGUUGUGCCCAAGGACAGAAUUAACAAGGCUGUCCAGGAACUGUCUAAAUUCACUUCUAAAAAACAAGAGGAUUCCACUCAGCUUUUGGAUGAUGACGAUGAGCUCGACAAGCAAGUCGAGUUGAUUGCAGUCAACACUGGGUCGUUCACCGGCAACAGAAAGGUUUUCAAGCCUAAACAGUUCAAAAUUGAACACUCCAUUUUCAAGCCCUGGAAGAAGGCUAGCGAGACCUCUGUGAAAGACUUCAAAACUCUUUUGAUUCUCAGGGACCAGGAUGCUGUCAAGGUGUCCGAGGAUGAAAUAUAUGACCAAUUGCGUGACUCCGGUAUUACCAUCGACACCGUGAUCCCCGGCGCCGAUUUGAAGACUAAGUACAAGUCAUUCGAAAAGAGAAGAGCCUUUAUCCAGGAUUUCUCGCUGAUCUUGGCUGACGACUCUGUGGUUACCACACUACCUAAGUUAUUAGGCGGUAAAGCUUACGAAAAGGUUUCUACGACCCCCGUUCCAAUCAGAACCAACAAGAAGGGCGUUUUCUCUCUCACCAUACUAUCAAACAGUAUCAAGAAGGUCUUCGAACACUCCCUGCCAGCUAAGAUGCCUCGCGGCACAACACUGAGCGUGCACCUAGGAAAUCUCAACUGGUUCACCGCUGACGAGCUAACGCAGAAUAUCCUGACGGUUGUCGAGCAACUUGUUAAGGAAUUCCAGGUCAGAUCUGUUUUCCUCAAGUCCAACAAGUCGCCAGUGCUUCCUCUUUACUACAACCAAGCUGUGCUUGAUGACUUGGCUAAACAAACUAAGGAAGACUCUAAAGAUACCGCCACCCGCAAAGUCACCAUUGAUGGUACUGAGCUUGAGCUAUCUGCUUUUGAAGCUGCCUUGAUGGAAAUCGCCAAUCCUGACGAGCUAGAUAAGGUGUUUGCUGGUCGCAUCAACAGAGCUAAGAAAAGAGCGGCGGAAUCCGAGGAAGAGAGCGCACCCGACUCAAAGAAGGCCAAAGCAUAA